GGAGGAACAUGGCCGCCUUGCAGCUGCUGCGGGUGUCGGUACAUGAGCGGAUCAGCGCUGCCGCUGAAGACUUCCUGCUGCAGGUGGAGAAAGGAGGAGCUAAGGUUCAAGUCCCGGAGCUGAGAGCGAUGCUCACCGAGCGGCUAAUGGCGGCGGCUGAGGCGAUCCUCACGGGGCUGGAGGAAACCCUGGCGGAGUACGAGGAGCGAGUGGAGCGGUCCGAGCGGGAGAUCUGCCGCCAGAGGAGGCUGCUCGACGAUGUGAUGCAGCCCGAAGUCCGGCUGCACAGAGCAGUGUAUCCUGCAGACGUCCAGCAACUGAUGGUGAUUAAAGAAGAGGUUCCCCCUGAGCAGCAGCAGUCGAGCCCCCUUGUGGACCAGGAGAACCCAGAGCCCGCCCACAUUAAAGAGGAACCGGAGGAACCGUGGACCAAUCAGGAUGGACAGCAGCUUCAAGGACUGGAGGAGGCUGAUAUCAAGUUCACAUUGACUCCUGUUGCUGUGAAGAGUGAAGAAGAUGAAGAGAAACCUAAAUCGUCAAAGCUAAGUCCAAGUGAAACGAAGGAGAACAGAGCGGACUAUGGAGGACCAGAACCAGCCAGGAACUCAGGUCCUGAUGGACAUUUACAACAAGGUACUGAGGACAAGACUGAAGCUUCUUCUGAGACUGACGACUCUUCUGAGACUGACGACUCUUCUGAGACUGACGGCUCUUCUGAGACUGACGGCUCUUCUGAGACUGACGGCUCUUCUGAGACUGACGGCUCUUCUGAGACUGACGGCUCUUCUGAGACUGACGGCUCUUCUGAGACUGACGACAGUGAGGAUGAUUGGAUGGAGACCAGGGAACCUCAGACUGGUUUAAAUGCAAUAAAUAACAAACAGCCUCUAAGUGAUAUGGGAUGUAAGACAGAAAAAAAAUUGUUUGGUUGCUGUAAGUGUGGUAUAAGAUUUACCCGAAAAGACGGUCUAACUAGACAUAUUAGGGGUCAUACUGGAGAGAAACGGUUUAGUUGCUCUGAGUGUGGUAAAAGAUUUAACCAAAGGAGCAGUCUAAAUAUACAUAUGAGGAGUCAUACAGGAGAGAAACCCUUUAGUUGCUCUGAGUGUGGUAAAAGAUUUACCCAAGGGAGCAGUCUAAAUACACAUAUGAGGAGGCAUACAGGAGAGAAACCGUUUAGUUGCUCUGAGUGUGGUAAAAGUUUUCACCGUAGGGGCAGUCUAAAUAUACAUAUUAGGAGUCAUACAGGAGAUAAACCAUUUGGUUGCUCUGAGUGUGGUAAAAGAUUUACCCAAAAGGGCCAUCUAAAUAACCAUAUGAGGAUUCAUACAGUAGAGAAACAGUUUAGAUGCUCUGUGUGUGGUAAAAGAUUUACCCAAAAUAGCAGUCUAAAUAAUCAUAUGAGGCUUCAUACAGUAGAGAAACAAUUUAGAUGCUCUGUGUGUGGUAAAAGAUAUCACCAGAGGAGCCAUCUAAAUAGACAUAUGAGGAGUCAUAAGGAGAGAAACUGUUCAGGGGUCACUAACAGGCGGACCGCGGUCGGGGUCCGGACCCUGAAGCCGUCCCAUACAGACCCGGACCUACAGCCAACACAGAAGGUUAUGAUUUAAAACCUGACGGGGCGCUUAUUUUUUUAACCGGCGCAGCUUUUGUAGUCAUUAUGGUAGUGGUUUAGUGGAUGAGGAAAGGCAUUGACCAAUCACAUGCGAGUUAAGCCAUCCCACGUGAUACUACUCAGCCAAUCAAGUCUGUGCAUUCCAGGCUGUUAUUGAUACAGAGAGAAAAAACAGGAAGAGAAACAAGAGUGAGUCGGAGAAAAGGAGAGAAACAGCAGCGAGUCGGAGAAAGGGAGAAAAACUGAGGAGUGAGCCGGAGAAAGGGAGAUAAACGGAGGAGUGAGUCGGAGAGAAACAGCAGUGAGACGGAGAAAGGGAGAGAAACGGAGGAGUGAGCCGGAGAGAAAGGAGAGAAACAGAGGAGUGAGACGAAACAUAAAGGUUUUGAACAAACAUACCCAGUUAAAUCUGAAGUGUGAUCACAGAAAAUAAGUGGUCUCAGAGCCCAAUAUGACCAGUCCACCAGGAUCUUGAGCCACUCACUCACUGCCCAACAACGUGCUCAUGAGUGCUCCCUCAUAGUUGCUUGGAUUUUGGGUCGACACAAAAAGCCAUUUACUGAUGGAGGUGUUGUCAAAGAAUGCAUUUUAUAUAUUAUUUUGUCUAAUUUUGAAAUGCGGUCCUACUUUUAUUAAGUUAAUGAGAGAACAUUAUACAUGUCUGCAAUCAUACAUUUAUGUUCAGUUCUAUGUGAUGUGACAAUAAAUAUUGUCAAAAAGCUUUUGAAUCGUACUGAAUUCAUUUGAUUUGACAGUCAGGUAUUGAGUACAUGCAGUUUCUGAUACAACUGUUGGCUACUUAAAUAUAUAUCACACUAAAUUGUUAGUAAUUAUGAUCUUCCGGACCUUUGCUUCAAGAAAUUUUCUCAAACUGGACCUCGUUAAAUUUUUGUUGAAUACCCCUGGUUUAGUUGAUUUGAGUGUGUUAAAGACUUAAGAUUCAGUCCUAUUGUACGAGACAUGUGAGGAUUCAUAAAGGAGAGAAGUGAUUCAGUUGCAACCUUUGCAACAAAAGAUUUAUUAGGAUUUAUCAGCAGAUAUUCAUAUUAUACAUAUUCAUAGUUCACUGUUUUAAAUAGACUAUUAACAGUUUGUAUGUCCCUAGAAAAUGUAACUCAUUGAAUAACACGAAAGAUUUGUGUUUAUAUAUCUUGUUUCUACUGAUUUCUACAUAAUCAUUUUAAGGUUAAUUUGUGUUCCUUGCACAGUAUGAAAGUGUGUUCU